CGUUUUUUGCAUCGGAACCAUGAAACUCUUGGCUGUGACUCUAUUGGCUUUGGUAGCGGUGGUGUCCGCGAGGAACAUCAACCACGAGGCAGUUGUCGAUCUUGAAGACAUCACCGCCUAUGGGUACCACACUAAAAUUGGUAUUCCUCUAGCCGAAGAGAUUCGCAUAGCCGAGUUGGAAGCUUCCCGCAACCCAUCCAGAAUUGUCGGCGGAUCCUCUGCUAGCCUCGGACAAUUCCCUUACCAGGCCGGUCUUCUCAUUAAUUUACCCCUUGGCCAGAGCGUUUGCGGUGGUUCUUUGCUCAAUCAAAGGAGAGUGCUCACUGCCGCUCACUGCUGGUUCGAUGGUCGCAACCAGGCUAACAGUUUGACAGUCAUACUCGGCUCAAUAAACUUCUACUUCGGAGGCACCAGACUGAACUCAAACAGCGUCGUCAUGCACGGCAGCUGGAACCCUGAUCUUAUUCGUAACGACAUCGCCAUUAUAAACCUACCUUCCAACGUAGGUACCUCAAACAACAUUGCUCCCAUUGCUCUGCCCUCUGGCAAUGAGCUAAACAACCAAUUCGCCGGAUUCACUGCGACAGCGUCUGGUUUCGGUCGCACCAGGGAUGGUGGAAGUGUCAGCCCAACUUUGAACCACGUCAACUUGCCUGUGAUCACGAACAAUGUGUGCUGGCAGUCCUUCCCUCUGUACAUCCAGUCUUCCAACAUUUGCACCAGUGGUGCCAACGGCAGAAGCACUUGCCAAGGUGACUCCGGCGGUCCUCUUGUCGUAACCAGCAACAACAGACGCAUCUUGAUCGGUGUUACCUCGUUUGGAUCCGAUCGUGGUUGCCAAGUCGGAGCGCCUGCUGCCUUCGCCAGAGUUACCUCUUACAUCAGCUGGAUCAACCAACGUCUAUAAAUAUCAAUAUAUUGUGGACUUUCUUUGUAAAUAAAUAAACGUCUCAAA